UAGUUUUGCAUGAUAGGAAACUAGUUUUCAUUUUUAAGAAUAUUUCACAAUAUGCUCGCAUUAUGAAGGAAUAUGGCUUUUAAUUAAGUUGCCCAAAAGGAUGUUUUUCUUCAUGUAAUUAUUAAUAACUAAGUAAUAAAAUAAAGUGAGCAUUACUGAUAAUCACUAAGAAGCUUUCUGAAAGUAUUAAGCCUGUGUCUUGCAAAGUAUAUAACAGGUGUUCCCACUCCCUGUGUUCUUUGUAUACACAUUCAUUCUGUAUUCAAAUCACAGAAGUAAGAGGCAGGAUAGGGUCUGUUACCUCACUGCUAAUUUCCCUGGCAAACAAACCAGCAGCUGCUGGUCCAUGAACCAAGUUACCACCAGGAAGAGGGCACCGCAUGCAUGGGACAGGAUGCCUUCAUGGAGUCCUUCAGCAGCACAGUUGGGGUCUUUCAGUGCAAAAUAUACCUCAUUCUCCUAGCAGGCACAGCAGGUGUUUGCUCAGGGCUGAAGGUAGUGGUGCCAUCACACACUGUCCAUGGCAUCAGAGGUCAGGCCCUCUACCUUCCUGUGCACUACGGAUUCCACACUUUGGCAUCAGACAUCCAGAUCAUAUGGCUGUUUGAGAGACCACAUACGAUGCCCAAAUACUUAUUGGGAUCUGUGAACAAGUCUGUGGUUCCUGACUUGGAAUACCAACACAAGUUCACCAUGAUGCCCCCCAAUGCAUCUCUGCUCAUCAAUCCACUGCAGUUCACUGAUGAAGGCAAUUACAUCGUGAAGGUCAACAUUCAGGGAAAUGGAACGCUCUCAGCUAGUCAGAAGAUACAAGUCACUGUUGAUGACCCUGUCAUGAAACCAAUGGUGCAGACUCAACCUACUACUGGGGCUGUGGAGUAUGUGGGGAACUUGACCCUGACCUGCCUGGCGGAAGGGGGCACCCGACUGGUUUACCAGUGGCUAAAAAAUGGGAGACCUGUCCACACCAGCUCUACCAACACAUUUUCUCCCCAAAACAACACCCUUCAUAUUGCUCCCGUGACCAAAGAAGACAUUGGGAAUUACAGUUGCUUGGUGAAGAACCCUGUCAGUGAGAUGGAAAGUGACAUUAUUAUGCCUACCAUAUAUUAUGGACCUUAUGGACUUCAAGUUAAUUCUGAUAAAGGCCUAAAAGUUGGGGAAGUGUUUACUGUUGACAUUGGAGAAGCCAUUUUGUUUGAUUGUUCUGCUGAUUCUUACCCUCCCAACACCUAUUCCUGGAUCCAGAGGGCUGACAAUACAACAUAUGUCAUUAAAUAUGGGCCUCGUUUGGAAGUUGCAUCUGAGAAAGUAGCUCAAAAGACAACUGAUUAUAUGUGCUGUGCUUACAACAAUGUUACUGGAAGGCGAGAUGAAACUCGUUUCACAGUCAUCAUCACAUCUGCAGGACUGGAAAAGCUUGCCCAAAAAGGGAAAUCAUUGUCCCCUUUAGCAAGUAUAACUGGAAUAUCACUAUUUUUGAUAAUAUCUAUGUGUCUUCUCUUCCUGUGGAAAAAAUAUCAACCCUACAAAGUUAUAAAACAGAAGCUAGAAGGCAGGCCAGAAACAGAAUACAAGAAAGCUCAAACAUUUUCAGGCCAUGAAGAUGCUCUGGAUGACUUUGGAAUAUAUGAAUUUGUUGCUUUUCCAGAUGCUUCUGGUGUACCCAGGAUGUCCAGUAGGUCUAUUCUAGCCUCUGAUGGUGUAUCAGUGCAAGAUUUGCACAGUACAAUUUAUGAAGUUAUUCAGCACAUCCCUGCCCAACAAGAAGACCAUCCAGAGGGAGCAUUCCUGGCCAGAGCAGUGCAAUAAUGAAGGAACAUUUUGAGGAAAAAAACAGUGAAAAUGUAUAUUCAUCUGGAAUCAGUGAAGAAAUCAAGCCAAAUUCCUCUUACGCAUUGCUUCUCUUAAAUGCAGAAUAGAGUCAUUGAUAAAAAUUGGAUGCAGGUUUCCCACAUGCACAUGAUAUACUGUGCUACAGAGGUGUGUGGAGGGGAACUAUCCCUCAAUGGACAGGCUGACUGGGAGGAAGAAAAGGACGGGACUUUCCAAUCACUGUUUUUGUAUCAUUUCUCUAAAAAGAACUUUCACUUUCUUCAACAUUGACACUAUCUAACCUACAAAUGUGGAAACUUUAUGUUUGCAAAAUUUUUAACAACCUGUUUUAUUAAAUUGUCAUUACCGUUAAGAUUGCUGUAUUCGCUUUUCAAAUUUCACCCCCAAUAUUCUUGUUAUGUGACCCACUGAAUAAUAAGGAUGGUUGCCACAAAAGCAAGAAUGUGCCUUCUCCUAGGCUGUCAACUCUGUCAACCAAUGGUGUUUUUGAAAAACUUGUAAAAUGCUGA